AUGGUUCGAAGCAAGGUAUCAGGAACUUCAAGCGUCCGCAAAGAUAGCUCUCCGGUGAAAGCACUAGAAUCUGUCAUAAACGUCCAAAGGCUGAUGUCAACUCCUCAUACCGCGGAGCAAAUUUCGGCCUUGUGGACGACUUAUCAUGCCUCUCGCACAGGAGGCACGGGAAGGGGAUUUAUCUGUGCAUCGGUACCGAUCAAACUCUAUAACAAAAUGCUUGCCAUAGGAAAGCAAUAUCCCAUGUUUGUCAUGCCUGUCCCUCGGGAAGGCUCUUCAGCCGUAUCACCUGAAGGCCAAGAAAGUGCGGUCGCCCACGAAUUCUAUUUUCUACAAUGGGACUUUCACGCUCCCCCAUUGCCUCCAUCUGCCACCGGUCCCGACCUAUUCUCUCGCGCCCCUCCUAGUAACGCAACCGCCCUGCCCCAGACAGCGACGGUCUUGUUUACACCGCUCCAAGAGUACAAGCUUCGACAGUCGUUCGCGACCCCGUAUCUCAUUCUAACAUUCUACCCCGACUUUGCUCAGACGCAUGGAAUAGUGCUACUUCGCGGCGAGAUCACGCCAUCAGCAGCUACGGCGGCCGCUGUUCCAAGUCUAGGCACGCCAGCCGCCCGUUUUUUACUGAGUCAGAUUGACGCUCAGCUGCUUGCAAUGGGCGUGCAAAAGUUUUAUUUGUGGGGCAAUGAGAGUGAAGAUAGUAGUCAGAAGGGGGAUCAGAAGGCUGAAAAGCUACUCAGGCAGUUCCACGAACAGCCCGAGGAGUUUAAUUGGGCAGAUUUCCUUGAACAUGCCCGUCUUACCUCCUAG